UCGGAGGGAAUGCAUGUCCAGUCUCAUCCGAUCAUCACGACAAGAUGGCGUUGACUUUCCUCCUGGUUGUGCUCAUCGGGUUGAGCAGUGGACUGUUGAUGGGAGCAGAUGCAAAAUGUCCCCGUAACGGGGAUUGUUGUAAGGGCUGCCCUGAAGGCUGGGUUGAAAUCGCGGGUCAAUGUUACAUGUUCAACAACAAGCGCAUGGACUGGUGCGAUGCUGAGGCCCAUUGCAUAUCUGAGGGAGGAAACCUGGCCGCCAUCCUCGAAGCGGAUCAUGCGCAACAAUUCAGAGAGAUGGUGGUUAAGGCAGCAGGUAAAGAAAUACCUGUGUGGAUCGGAGGCUACGAUGCAGUGAAGGAGGGGAAAUGGAAAUGGAGUAACGGUAAAAAAUGUGUGUUCAGUGGCUGGGGCCCAAAAGAGCCGAGCAACAGUAAAGACAGAAACUGCAUGGCGAUCGGGGACAAAAAUAGUCAACCCAUCGAAGACGACAAAUGUGACGUGAAGAAAGCGUUCCUGUGUGCGAGGGAGCUUGCUCACAGGGACUGAUGACGCGGCAUCAUCAGUGAUUCUCUCCGUCAUUCUGACAGCAGUGCUUCAAGAUUUGCUGACGUUUCUGUUUGAUUGAAAAUGUUACACCAAUAAAGAAAUUCUACUCAGCAUUCA